CCGAUAAUCUCUGUGUCACUCAUCUCACAAUCUGAAAAGAAACACAAGAGAGACACCAGCAGCUGCCGCUGGAGGGAUGCUAUACUGGGACGAACAGGGACAAACAACUGUGAUUCCCCUAUUAAAGAUACAAGAAUCCACAGCGCGAUCAGUUGAUAAGUUGCCUGAUAUUGGAAAUGCACUGUUUAUUGAGGAGUGUGUCAGAGUACAUAACCAAUUUAGAUCCAAUGUGGAGCCACCAGCAAGCAACAUGAAACGUAUGAGCUGGGACAGUGAUCUAGCAAAGACAGCCAGGGCCUGGGCGAAGAUGUGCCAGUUCAAUCAUAAUCCUGAUCUCAAAUCUGGAAAGGCCCACCCCACCUUUAGAGCAGUUGGAGAAAAUAUUUGGACUGGUUCCCUUUCCCUUUUUAAUGUGACUGCAGCUCUCACUCAUUGGCAUAAUGAAGUUCAGUCUUACAACUAUAACACAAGGGAUUGCAGUAACGUAUGUGGCCAUUACACUCAGAUGGUUUGGGCUGAAAGCUACAAAAUUGGUUGUGCUGUUCACUUCUGUCUUAAUGUGCAGGGAUUUGGACCCAACGCUGCACACUUCAUUUGUAACUAUGGGCCUGGGGGAAAUUAUCCUACAAGGCCAUAUCAUGAAGGAGCAGCAUGCAGUGAGUGUCCUGGGGAACCAUGUGUACACAGACUCUGUGGUGAAUUCUGGGAGCCACCAUCUUGUGACCAGUACUGCAUCACCAUUCUAAUACUAAGACUAUUGUCAGUGUUACUGACUUUUGCAGCAGUCUUAAUAGUGCAGAGGAAUUAUCCCAAAAUGUCUACAGACUUUGUGACCAAAGGAGCAGAAGGGAAAAGUGAUGACUAUUGAACAAUUAAGUGUUUAAACACAACAAGGCUGAAGACUUGAAUUCAAAAGAAAAUGUAAACAACUUGUUUUGAAUGUCUGAGGGUGCAGAAGAUAAGAGUCUGUGUAUGCUGGCAGGAUGAGAGAAUGAAAGGAGAACAUCUAAAGAACUCCUGAAGACUCAAGCCCAGGCAGGUGGCACUGGAGUUGUCAAAACCACAAGUUUUGAUGGAUAUGAGGGGCUGACCCCAAGAGCAGUCAAGGGACCCAGGAGCGUAUAAAACCAGAAGACUCCAGACCCAGCUUUUAGAGGGCAGGUCCAGAAGAUGCAUCUUCUCCCUCUCCAAUGCUGCAGCAUCUCUGCACCCCAGCAUUGUGCACCCCAUCUUCUCAUCAAACCCUAGCAACUAUAAUAGUUAGGUUAGACCUUAAACUGGCCAUAUAAGGUUUCCCUGCACCUUGAUAAUGAACGUUAACCCCUUCUCCCUUUCCCUCUUCCCUUCCAUUGAUAGGCAAACUGUUGUAUUAAGAGUUAGGCAAAUUAACUUUGCUUGCCAGGACCUUACAUCUAUUGUAUCGCCUUACAUAUAUUUAUUUAAGUAAAGUUAUAAAAUACA